AUGGCUUCUGGUUCUGAUAAACCUCUCAGUUAUCCCGAAACUAGCACUCUGUUAUUGCUCAAGGAUUAUCUAAGGGACGAUCUAAGUUCAUGUUCAUCCAGCGGCUUCAGAUCACUCCCCCGCCGACAAUGCUGCUUCCAACCUCUCUCUUCUUCUUGUUCCGCCCAAUCGACUCUUCGCAAAGCCUCGGAAGCAUUCCUCAACGCUAUCAAAUCGGUAGCCAUUUCAGCUCUACAGAGGUCUCCCUCGUUGACCCAAACCCAAUGGUCUACAGCCAAGAGAGGUCACCGUCUUUCUACAAGCCUUUCUCGGAGGCUGUUAAGCAGAAGCUUCUGGAGAAGAUCGUCCAAAGGAGGUAAAACUACCACAUUCAAGAGCACCGUCAACACUAACAGCUGCCCAGAGUCACAUUUCACUUGUUCGUUAACUAACGCUGAGAUCGAGGGAUCAGUUACAACAACUAACACAUGCUCCGUAACUAACUCCACAAGGGAUUGGCCAAAUGAGGAGAAGGAACAAUUUAGUCCUGUAUCCGUAUUAGAUUGUCCAUUAUUUGAUGAAGAUGAAGUUAUUACGUCUCCAUUCGCUUCUAUAUCAUGUUCCCGCCAGGAAGUAGCCAAACACAAGCAUAUGCAGAAGACUCGACAUUUCAAUCGCGUGGCUUCACUGAAGCCCGUUGCUUUAGAGAAAAAGAUAUCGUGGUUAGAACUGCAGAAAGAUGAAUCAAUAAAUAACCACCCCACAGAACCUCGUCCAGUGUUUGUAUCAAUUACGAAUACACAAAGCAGGAACAAUAACCCGCUUCGUGACACUGUGGAAGAGAAUGCCCGGGACCUUCUCACCCUUUUUAAAAAAUCAAUUCCACUUGUCUGUUUGAAAAUUGAGACAGAGACCUUGCUGUUUGAUUUCUUCAAACAGAGUAUCUGGGAGAAUUGUGGUAUCGAAAAUAUAAUGAAACGCCAACUUUGCGAGGUAGCAGAGGAUUGGAUACGUGGGCCAAAGGAACAAUAUUUGAGUUUUCAAGUACGGAAGGGAAGGGAUACAUACAUUAAGGAGAUGGACAAGUGUGGGAGUUGGACAAAUUCUGAUGAGGAAAUACAAUGCUUGGCCAUGGAGCUCGAAGUUGAGUUCUCCAUUAGUUUGGUCAAAGAGCUCGUCCUUGACCUCACCACGUGCUAG